GAAAGUGGCGGAGUUUAGGACCCUGCGGGACGCGCGGUACAAUAGAGCUGUUGUGCCGUGGUGCUGGAGACUGGAGAGAUUGCAACCCUUGAGAUUCCUACUGUGGUGGGAUACAAAAAAUACACAUUUUUAAUCAUUUAGGGUAACCGGAGCCCAUACUUCACAUGCAUAUGUUUGAAAUUAAGCUACGGCCGAUAUCCGUGUGGAAUAAACCUCACAGCACCGCGUGGAUUUAAGGAUGCUACAGGAUGAAACGUCUCAGGUCGUCAAGCAGCAGUGACAGUUCAGACAAUGAGAGUCCCUCAACCUCCUUCUGCUCCUCCAACAAGUAUGGAAGUAAACAUGGAACCCCCGCCUCCAACCAAAAGAAACCAGCUGAAGUGUUCAGAAAAGACCUGAUCAGUGCCAUGAAGCUGCCUGACUCCCACCAUGUGUCUCCAGAGGACUACUACCUACUGGCAGACACCUGGAGGCAGGAAUGGGAGAAGGGAGUUCAGGUGCCGGCAAGCCCCGACACCAUCCCAGAGCCUUCAGUCAGAAUCAUCACAGAGAAACCCAAGGAAGUGCUUUACACCCACCAGAGGAAGUACAUCCAGAGCUGGAGCUCAGACUCCACAGAGACGGGUUAUGUCAACAUGAAAGAGCUGGCAGAGAGCAUGUGUCGCUACGAUCUGGACGACAUGGACCUCUACUGGCUGCAUGCACUCAACACAGAGCUAGGCCAUAUGGGGGAGGGGCCUCUAGACGAGCUGACGAUGGAGCGAGCGAUGGAGGCCCUGGAGAGGCAGUGUCAUGACAACAUGAACCACGCCAUUGAAACAGUGGAAGGGCUCGGGAUCGAAUAUGACGAGGACGUCAUCUGUGAUGUGUGCCGCUCCCCUGAUAGUGAAGAAGGGAAUGACAUGGUGUUCUGUGACAAGUGUAACAUCUGUGUGCACCAGGCCUGCUAUGGCAUAGUAAAAGUGCCUGUUGGAAACUGGCUGUGUAGGACUUGUGUCCUUGGCAUUGACCCGCAGUGCCUUCUGUGUCCCAAGAAGGGUGGUGCCAUGAAAGCCACACGUGCAGGCACCAAGUGGGCGCAUGUAAGCUGUGCCCUGUGGAUACCAGAGGUGAGCAUUGCUUGUCCAGAGCGAAUGGAACCCAUCACCAAAGUGUCCCACAUCCCACCUAGUCGCUGGUCUCUCAUCUGCAGUCUCUGCAAAAUGAAGACAGGUGCAUGCAUCCAAUGCUCUGUAAAGAACUGCACCACUCCUUUCCAUGUGACAUGUGCCUUUGAGCACAGCUUAGAGAUGAAGACCAUACUGGAUGAAGGUGAUGAAGUCAAGUUCAAAUCUUACUGCCUCAAGCAUAGCAAAUCCAAAGUGGGGGAGCCGGGCCUGAGCCCCGCUCGCCCUAAAGUUCCCAGCGAGACGGAGAAAGUGGGUCAGCGGGCGCAGAGGCUGCAGGAGCUAGAGGAGGAGUUCUACACCUUAAUCCAGCUGGAGGAGCUCUCGGACAACCUCAGCCUCUCCGAGCACCUCAUGGACUUCAUCUAUCAGUACUGGAAGCUGAAGCGGAAAACAAACUUCAACAAAGCUCUGCUGCCCCCUAAAGAGGAGGAGGAGAAUCUGCUGUUGCAGCCUCAGGAGGACAGCAUCCACACACGCAUGCGCAUGUUCAUGCAUCUGCGACAGGAUCUGGAGAGGGUGAGGAAUUUGUGUUACAUGGUGAGUCGGCGGGAGAAGCUCAAACUGUCGCAGAGUAAAGCCCAGGAGCAAAUGUUCAACUUGCAUGUGAAGCUCAUGAACCAGGAGCUUUCUGCUGGCCUCCCUGUCUCGUUUCCCGUGGAGAGCAUGCUAUUCCGUCCUCCUCCGAGGAUAACCCUGAAGCUUAAGAUGCCCAAAGUCUCAAGCCUGGGAAAUGGAAAUGCCAGCUCCAAAUCUGGGAAUGGGCCCCUUUGCCCAGACAACAGUGUGAAUGUUCAUGAACACAUUGGGGGAGGGCUGGGUCAGGGGAAGCCUCAGCUCCAUGGUCACGGCAGGAGAGAGGAGCGCUCCAACGGCCUGCUGUCUUCCUCAAGUCAUUCAUACAGAGAGGGCAGCACAGCGAGCAGCCCAGCCAUGCCCAUCAAACCAACUGGAAAACCUUUAGCUCUGCACGCUGCCCUCCAUGGCCACUCAUCCAACGGUAAUGGCAAAAUUGACCAAGACCGGUCAUGCAUUGCCAAAGCAAACGGCCUCUUGGAGAAGUUUGUAGCUCAAAAGGACAGUUCAUGCCAGACCCCCAGUGACACUUCAAACGAGCCGUUGGGAAAAGGCAGCCUGUCCAACAGCUUUCGCAAGUCCACCAUGGACCACUUCAGCAGGUCGUUCAAAGAGGCCACUGUCAACUUGGUAAGGACCACAGAGGACCUGCGGGUGUCUGACAAACUGUCCCGUAAGGGCUCAGCCAAGGAGAGACUUUGGACCAAGCAGGUGUCCCAACACCAGCCUGGGAGCGCGAGAGCAUACCAGGAGAGUGACGGAUACUGUCCGGACCUGGAGCUCAGUGACUCAGAGUCGGAGGUGAAAGGAAGGAACCAGAGGCAGGUCAGGGUGGCACAGGGCCCAGGGAGCGACUACCGCAAAGGGACCAGUCGUGGCAAACAGUCCUUGGGCUCCAGAAACCCAGUGCAGAGGUGACGGCUGUUUCUGCCCCUCCCUCACUGCCACAGCUCGCUCACACCUCUCUGGCAGUUGUCCUAAGUGCCGGACUUUCUCUCUGAACACAUUUCUCACUGUCUGUCAGGCACUGACAGUCCAUGGGGCAUGUUUUCAGGGACCAGACCAAGCCCCAAAGCUAAUGGUGCUGUAUACAGGAGCGUAAGUCCCGACAACCAAAACAACAGAUGCAUGGAGGGCACUGUAGCCCAGAAUAUCACCCAAGAGGGAUCAUGAAGAUAUUAAUCCCUCUGUUGUCUCUGUUCAGCGUGGUUUGAGAGCAGCAAUCCUGAUUGGUCUUCUGAGAUUAACAUGCUUGCCUUGUCGUUUUUUUGGCCAGCAUUACAUUUGUACUCCGCACAACUUUGUAUUGAAGAUCUCCCUACACACCAGUUAAACUGCUUUUGAUUGAUACUGUUGUACAUAUUAGCUCAAGAUGCUGUUCAAAUUGGGUUGUAAAUAAUUUGUGUAACUGAAACACAAAGGUUCAAUUCAAUUAAUACUUUGGGAAAAUCAAAUCAGACUCGGCAGAAUCCAGCUCCUUGUACAAUAUGACAAUGUGUGUGGCCGUAAAUGAAAACUGUGAUAUGCCAGAUGGAAAUUUUGUAGUGAAUUUUAGCAUUUUGUCUCUCUUGCAAACUGUUACAGUUAACAUGUUUCCCCAGAGGUGAUAAACUGGCUGAUAAACUGACAUUUUAGGUCUGAUUUCAUUUCUUUUACAAGUGUACUGCUUGUCCAGUGUAGGAGUCAUUUUUAAAACAAAUGCCUCUUUAAUGUAUAGGAAUGCAAUUUCACCGUAUUAGUACCUUCAGUUCCCCAGGUUAUGUCAUCUCUUAGUCAGACAAGAGACUAACUUGAUGGAUUCACGUUCUUGUCUCACAGUGUAAAGAGAUAUGACAAGCUGUAAGAAAACAACCACAUUCCCUGUGGUAUCCUUCAGUAAAGUUAUUAAAGCUGAAACUGGAUGCAGAAAGCCCAAACUGAGUACUGAUCCAGUAUCUCUGGACGUCAGCAUUUGUGAACAUCACUUUGACUUAAAAGGAGAAACUUGUCUCAGAUAAGCAGAUAAAUCUCCAUUCUUACAGUCAAUUGGCAGACCAUGUGUAUUUAAACUGUGCUUUUGAACACGUUUAAAAGCAUAGUUUAAUCUUUUUCAUUAGUUCUGGACCUGACUUGACUGAAAUAACCUGGCAUAACUGGUAGUCACUUACAUGUAAUUAAUGGCAUCUAAUGUCAAUUAUAAUCAUGUCUAGUUUGUCUUCAAUGUCUUGACUGCUGCUGUCACACUGCCACCGUUGCCACAAGAGACCUUGAGUGAAAGGACCACGCCAGUGAUGUUGCAUAUUGAGCAUAAUGUCUACAAAAUGUAUGUUCUUCAUAUUUCUGCUUGUCUUUUCCUCAAACAAGCAGUCGUAUUUUAGAACUCAGAUUAUCAUGCCUGCCUUUUACCCAGCCAUUGGUCUCCAUUCAUUCCACUAUGGUAUGAAAAUGAACUUUCACAGACUUAAAAUUUUCUUCACAUCAGUAUUCCACCACCGUAAUAAAGUGGUCCACAUUUUUUUUCCCUAAAACC